AUGAUUUCCACGACUACCAUCCACAACCAUGAUGAAAGGCUUAUGAAUUCAGAAAGUAAUGACCUCGCAACUCAUGAAGAACAAACCUUCUUGGUUCCUGAUGAGGGAACAGACCCUUAUUCUUCCAUCACUUCUUUUUUUUCAAACACAUCCUUGAUGGAUGAUGAUCUAUCCUCAAUUUCAACAACAACAAGUUCUUCAAACAAGUCCUUUAAAUUGGAAGAAAACAAUGAUGAAGAUUUUCAACAAAUGUUGUCGGAAGAAAUACCGCCAGAGUACUCAACGAUAUUUAAAAUUAAUAGCAAUAUGUUGCAUACAGACGUCUAUCGAGUUUUACGAAUUACAGCCUUUCUUCACUACUUCAUUUUCUUAGUUUACGCAAUCUAUUUUCUUGAUCUCUUUUCAACAAUUGUAUUUGUAAUGACCGUGGUCGCUGCCUUGCCUCAAUGGAAGAACUUUAGAAGCAAUAACAAAGAGAAACGCAGUCCCGAAAAAAUCUUUAGGGAUGAAAGAAAGGCAGUUCAGUGGUUUUUUUUUCUUUUUACGGUGCGAUUUGUUAUCCUUCGAAAGCACAAAGUAAUUUUGCUUCCUUUAUAUUUGACGUUGGUGAUUUUAGCCACAAAGUUGACCAAUUUUAGCGUGUUAUGGUCCUUAACACCUUUUUAUUUCAUAGUCACACUAUUUACUGCUGAUUCUCUCUUCCUUAUUGCUACUUAUGGAUGGUCGGAGCAUUGUCUAUUUCCACUCAUUGAAAACGUAGCCUUGGUAGUGGUCAUAUUUUUGAUAACUUACUCAAUUACGACGACAGGAAUUGACAAAAAGAGUAAGAUGAAGGCUUUAGAAAAAACAAGCAUGGAGCUAAAAAAUGUCGUCUUUGAGAAACAAAGGUUUUUAAGAUCUGUGUCACAUGAAUUUAGAUCUCCGUGUUUGUCAUCUUUGGGAAGUGUUGAACUUCUAAGGGAAACCGAAUUAACAGAAUAUCAACGAGAUUUGGUUGACACCAUAGCCUCUGCAGAUGAAAUAUUGCUAAAUUUAAUUGAGGACAUUCUGAGAGUUGCUAAAAGUGAGCAUCAAAAGAGGUUCGGUCGUCAGGAAGAACUUCAGAAAGAAAAGAAAAAUUUGCAGGAAUUCAGUUUGGGAUAUUGUGUGAAAACCAUUGAGAACAUUAUUAAGAGUUAUGCAAAACCUUUCCAAGUUCAAUUGGAGGUUAAUAUAGAUGAUACUUGCAAAAACCUCAAAGUAAGAGGUAAUCUUACUCGUAUUCAUCAAGUUCUGGCUAAUUUAUUGACCAAUGCAGUGAAAGCAUCAAAACCAGGAGAUAAGGUUCAAUUGCUUUGUUCGACUGACCUGGAAGAACAGCGAACAUUAACGAGUAGAAUUGAAGAGCAAACAGUUGUUUUUAAGGUAAUAGAUCACGGUGUUGGAAUACCACAAGAAAAGCAGAAAGAGAUAUUCAAACCGUUCACUCAGUUACACAAUGUGAAUGAGUCUAUAUUCAAAGGAUCCGGUUUGGGCUUAAACACUGUCUUACAUUAUGUUCAAACAAUGAAAGGCUCAUUACAUCUGCGGUCAGAAGUUAAUGAAGGUUCUGAAUUCUCUGUGUUUCUUCCAUUAGAAAUAGUGAAGAUUGACAAUGCAAUAGAUCACGAACCUAAGGAAAUUAACUCCAAAUCCACUUUCACAUCAAAUAGUCUCGAGAUUAGUCAAAGAAAAGCACAGAUCAUCAUGGCUGAUGACAACCCUAUAAAUCGAAAAGUCAUUAUGAAACAAAUUGAAAGUUUAGGAUAUGAAGUUGAUGUGGUGAGUUGUGGCCAAAAACUCAUUGAAAAUAUUGAUGAAGUGAGGCAUAAACUCGUCAUCACAGAUAUCAAUAUGCCCAGCAUGAACGGUGUCGAGGUGGCAAAAAUUUUACGAUCAAAAUUUAAACGACAGUUGACAAUUGUUGCUCUUACAGGAGAUGCCAUGUUUCAACCAUCUCGAGAAUUGUUUGAUUUUGUGAUUGUGAAACCUUGCCAAAAACUGGACCUUAAGAAAUGCAUUGACAGCGUCAAUAUUGACCAAGCAAAACAAUAA